AAGAAAUUAUCCUCUAUAAAAAAACCCGAAACCGACGAUACCGUUAAGAUCCGAAAAAGAAAAAAAGGAUUAAGAAAACAAAAUGAUGAAAUCGUUGAUUUGUCUCUCUCUCAUCAUCCUCCCUCUCAUCGCCGUCGUGGAAGGCAAUCUCGGUGGAUGGAAACCGAUCAAGGAUGUAUCUGAUCCGAACGUGGAAGCGAUCGCCAAGUAUGCGAUUGAAGAGCAUAACAAGCAAUCGAAGGCGAAUCUGGUGUUCGAGAAGGUCGUUCGUGGAAAAGAACAAGUGGUCUCCGGGAAAAAGUACGAUCUGAUCAUCGCGGCGAAGAACGGCGGUGGUGCGACCAAGAAUUACGAGGCCGUCGUUGUGGAAAGGCUUUGGGAACAUUUCAGGAACCUUGAAUCUUUCAAGGCUGUAUAGAUCUUUGGAUUUUUGGUAUAAAAAAAUGGAUCUCGAUCGGAUAUACAUUAUCUAGGUUUUCGAUGAUUUGAGAUUUUGACAUUAUGUUGUUGUACUUGUGUUGGUAACGUUUUUUUUUUUUGCAAUUUGAAAUAAAUCAGGGAUAUGUUUUUUGAGAUU